AUGGACGGUAAUCCUUCUACCCCGGGCCGAUCCAGUUUAAUGUCACAGCUGGGAAGAGUCUCGACCACUGUUCUAGCCUUCCUAUUUGUGGUUUGUCUGGGCUGCUUGACGUUUCUGGCCUUCCUAUGGGGAGCUAACGAAAACAACAGUGUCUGGCGAAGUAUUGUUCUUGCUGGAUGGACGGCACGUUCUAUCACCAUUACAUCUCUUGUUCUGAGAUGGGCCACAGCUGCUCAAGCAGCUACUUGCACGUCUAUGCUCGCGGCAAUCUUGCUUCAGAGGGGCGCUAUCCCAUUACCCGUGGCAGCAUCUGUAUCUAUCAUGAGGUUCAAUAAUACCGGUCCCUGGUCGCUUUUGGGUAACAUGAAAGCAAAGUGGCACCGUGGAUCUGUAUCGAUUGGCCUACUCACUGCGCUUCUGGUAUUAACGACUCUGUCAUUGCAAUUCACCUCGACGGUUUUACUAUCACAAGUCGGCAUCGCCUCCAUUCCAGUAGCAAGUUCAAUCCCACAGACCCACUAUGGCAUAGAAACAAAUGGGCAUACGUAUGAUGCUAUGCCGAGUGACGCUCCAUCAUUUCUCGACCUGACACCUUCGCGAUAUCCAGCCUUCGCUGAAUGGACUCCGGACGCAACAACCUCCCAAACGACUGCUCAACAAGAAGCUUUUCCUCCCGAGAAUUCUACCGGCAUUUUAGACACAGGGUCCGUGCUGCGAGCGCUUCUCCCAAUCAACAAUGACGAGGAGAGAAGUCGCGUAACAAAAUACCAUGGAUUCGCCACUGUUCUAGACACGCGAGUGGUUUGCAUGCGUCCAAAACUCACAAAUGUUGAAUUCUCUGCUAGCGAGGGUUAUCAAGUAAUAGGCCUGGCGAAUAUCAACAAGAAGCCGGCGGGUCUUGUCCAGCAAGAAGACCUUGGUAGCAAGAAUUUCUCGAUUUCCUUCAAAUGCAAUUUUGCUGCGUCCGCGGGCGGGAACUACUCAGAACCUGACUGGUCGCUUGCACUGUGUCAUGGCAGCCAGGAGCAUUCAUUCCAAGGAAUCUACUCAUUCAUGCAAUCGCGACGAGAAAAGGAAACUGGUGACUCUUAUCUGAUUGUCAACGCAACGCUGGUUGAAGCAGUGGGGGACUUGGAUGACUCCGACGUGUGGGAGUCUAUUACAAGGUCAGACUCAUCAGGCAUAUCUGUGCGUCUACAAAUCACGCUUUGCAUGACUACAUUCCAGGCACAAAGGAUGAUAGUCAACGCGACGAGGUCCACGUCCAUACCUCCGGAGCCAUUCUUGAUCUGGGACGCCUCGACAACUUCAUGGAACACUAAGGCUGUUUUACAACAACUUGGGGCUUUGAGACCGAAUAGUACGACUGUAGAGCGUGGCAUAUUUGACCUAUCACCAAGCUCAUGGAAAUGGAAAACGCAGCCUGAAGGUUUAAGCUUAUCUGGAGAGUACUUCGAAACCGUGGAUGCUCUUUACACUGUGGGGUGGGACCCGUUAUAUGAGGGUAUGGUUAACAGCGCCCAAUUCUCCAUUUUCAAAGAUACGGUCAUGUCCACAAAGAACCCAGCGCUUGCUCUUCAAGCAUACCUCACGAGAUUAUGCUCCAUAUGCUAUUACGAUAGAAUCGCCAUGUUUGAUGCUGUCGGCCCAUCAUUACAGGUCUCUCUAACCCAAGUCACUCGACCACUAGGCUGGACUGCUUUCAUCAUCGUGGCGGUUGUGACCUUGUUGCACCUCGUUUUGGUUCUAUCAGUGACAUUGAAAUUCCGGCGCGCUGGAAGCCUCAGUCUCAUUCAAAAUGCGUGGGCUGCUAUUUCGCAACUUCUUGGGCCCAUUACGGAGGACUGGAUCAGGGACGCAGACACAGUGGACGAUAAGAUGGUCAAGUCGUGGCUCAAGGAUCGUGGCUUACACGAGAAAUUGGUUGGCAUUGAGCAUAUUGAGAGUCGGGUGUAUCUAGUUGAAAAGGAAAAGAGCUUGUAG